AAUUUAUUUCUAAACGUAUCCCCUCCAAAUUGAAAACAACCGAAGGUUGACGCUGUUCUUAAUCUCGAUAAAGUAUUUUUGGUUAGGUUAAUAGCUGUGUAGAGGAUAUUUAACAUGAUUUCAGUGAUCAAAUAAGUUUAUAUUAUAACAAAAUGGAUGUUGCUGGAGACUUAACACUACAGUGGGUGGAGGAGGUGGGAAAUGUUAUUCACGAAGAGGUAAUAUGUGGUUUAGAAGCACAACUUGUUGGAGCAGAAGAGGAAGUGAUAGGAGCUUGCGAAGAAGUUACAAUAGAAGAAACAGUAGAGUCAGUUCCCAAUGUUACUUCUACGACAGGGUCAGAAAUAUUAAUGGUACCACAAUCCAACGACAUGGAAUCUAUUUACAUAGUUCCACAAGAUCAAGGUCAUGAUUAUUUGAACAUACAGGUUACAGAAGAAGUAAUUGCAGAUAAUUGGGAUAGAUCUGGUCCAGAAGAUGGAGUUGAGAUAUCAGAAGUAAAAGUAUCUCAUGAAAAUUUGCUGGAAUAUGAUGAUAUGGAGAUACCAUUGCCAAUUGAUCAAGAUUCGUAUACAAAUAGUAGACCUUAUCCAUGUGAUUUCUGCAGCAGGAGGUUCAGAAAGAAAGCAAACUUAAUGAAUCAUAUGGUGACACAUCAAACAGAUCGACCUCAUGGUUGUAAUUUAUGUGGAGCACGUUAUGCAAGAAAGUGUGAUCUUAUGAAUCAUUUAAAGAUUCAUGCUUAUGCACCACCACGAGAUGGUUUAGAGGAUGAUUUAAACGAUGAUGAUUCAUUGGCACCAGAAGAAGAGGAAUCUACUAAAGGUAGACGUAAAAAAGUACAAUCUAGCGUACCAAGAAAACGCAAAAAUAAUUCUAUUUCGAAACGCAAUAUGGAAGAUAACAAAAUGGAAAUGGGCAAGUACGUCAGUAAAUCUUAUGAUUAUGUUGAUGAAGAUAUGCGCCUUUUGGAGGAAAUGACUAGUAGAAAUUCUGCGCGCAGUAGUAACUAUGCCUCAAGCUCAAGAUGGACUGAACAGAUGUCACCUGUAUCAAACGAAGUUCAAACACCACGGUGGCCUAUAACUGAUCCAACAAAACCAUACGUGUGUCAGUAUUGUGGUGUUGGUUUUGCAAGGGAAAAAGCACUUGCUUCUCAUGCACGCAUACAUGGUGGUGAUAGUCCAUUUGAAUGUACGUCUUGUGGUGAUAUGUUUUGGGAUGUUAAUAGUUUAAGAGAACAUGUUCGUAUCAAACAUGGUGGUACAGUACAAUCUGAUACAGAGGAAUAUGAUAAUGAUGCCACAUAUACAGGAGAUGAAAGAUUUGGGGAAUUCUAUUGUAAUACUUGUGGUGUUCCUUUUCAUCGUUUGGAUUUACUUAAACGCCAUCAAAAGAUUCAUGUCAAACAAGAGGCUGCUGAUAUGAUGGAAGGUCCAAGUCGACUUCAUGUUUGUAAUGUUUGUGGUGAAUGGUUUGAGGAAGCUUUGGCAUUGUUAGCUCAUGCUGAACUUCAUGCUAGAUCACCCGGUCAUCGAUGUUUACUGUGUGGGGAAAGAUGUCGUGAUGAUGCUGAAGUUGCUGAACAUGUUCGACAAAAUCAUGCCCAAGAUGCUCCACCAAAUACAUGUACCCUUUGUGGAAAAACGUGUAAAGAUAAACGCAGUUUAUUAAAGCAUUCAUGGGUUCAUAAUGUCGAUAAAACUUUUGGAUGUACAAAAUGUGGGAAACGUUUUCACAGCAAAGCUAGAUUACGAAGACAUAUGGUAUCACAUCGCAAUAAGAUGGUAGCUUGUGACGAAUGUGGAGAAGAGUUUCCUGACGGCAGAGCUUUGGUUAGCCACCGUCAUUCACAUAAUAAAGAUCUAGGUGGUCGUUCUUUCCCAUGCCGAGAAUGUGGAAAAACAUUUGGUAGUCGUAGUUCACAACAAAUUCAUAUUCGCAUUCACACUGGAGAAAGACCAUAUGGUUGUAGAUUUUGUUGGAAAGCAUUUGCUGAUGGUGGAACUUUAAGAAAACAUGAACGUAUCCAUACAGGAGAAAAGCCAUAUGGAUGUGCAAUUUGUCCACGUGCUUUUAAUCAAAGAGUUGUUCUCAGAGAACACGUUCGUGCUCAUCAUUCAGGUCCUGAUCCAAAAUGUGUAGGUAGUAUUACACCAUACUUAUGUAAAGUAUGUGGUGAUGCGUAUGGAACAUCGGAAGAAAUAGUUGCUCAUAUUGUGCAACAUUGCGAUGAUAAUACCGCAUUAAGACGUCAACCACAAACUGGACCACGUAAAUAUAAAAGAAGACGUAAAUUAAAAACCCAUGAAACCAACACAAUGUUGCGUAUGACUGAGCAAUAUGAUAUAGAAGGAGGUUCUGAUUCAGAUGAUAAUACAAAAAGAAAGCUUGGAAGAAAAAAUAAGCAACAUCGAUCGAACGUUGAAGAAGGUUAUCAGAAUGUUCUUAAAAGUUUUGAAAACUCUUUACAAAAUAUAAAUUCAAUCGUCAGCAACUCAAAGUUAAAUCCUGGAAAAUCGAAGCUUUCUAAGAAGAAGCUUAGGAAAGAAGAAAAAAAAAGUGAAGCUGAAGCUUCGUGUCAUCCUGGUAGACCAAAAAUGAUUCAUACCCAAAAAACAAGAGUGCCUGUAGAAAUUGGUGGUGAUGGAGUUAAAAAAGGACAGAAAACUAAAACAAUGGUAACAAGGACACCUAAAAUGAUGCCACAAGAGCAUAAGUUAGGUGUUUUCCCGGGUGGGGAAAGGAAUAGACCAAGAACAAAAAACGUUAGUUAUCACAUUGAAGGGAAACUUCAACCAACACCUGCAACAUUCCCAAAACAAAAGGAAGAAACUUUAUUACCUCCAACACCAAUACAUCAUCAAUCGCCAUUAACCAAUAUAAAAAUAGAACCUAACUUACAAAAAACGUCAAAUAAUAAUCACAGAAAUAAUAAUGGCAAUAUUCUUGCUAUUAAUAAUGAAAAAAUAGAGUCAUCACCUAGAAAAAAAUCAUCUGUCUUGAGAAAAAUUAAAAAACAGAAAGAUGUAAUUAAGCAAGAACCAAUAGAUAUUGACCACGAGGAAAUACAAAAUAAUAAUAAUACAGAAAAUACGGAUUCAGAAAGAUUAAUGGAUCAUUCAGUGGAUGGAAGUAAUUUAGAAGUCGCAUUCGAGGCAAGUGUUACAACCGAGGAAGAAAAUAUACUUCCUGAUGUAGGUGAAGCAAAUAAUACCGAAGAUGUGGGUACUGGAAAUGUAAAACUUAGUGUAAAAGUUGAGUCAACGCCUCAAAGAAUGUUGGCUGUUCAUAGCGUUAUAGCCCCUGUGGAUGAUAUUCCAGAAACUAUAAUACCAGAUGCUGUAGAAUAUACAUGCGAAAUGUGUUCUGCAGUAUUUUCCAGCCGAGCAGAAUUAUUGGUCCAUGUUCCAAUACACAUUUGAUUUAAUUUGUUCAAUGAAGUUAAUGAGGUAAUCCAAUCAUGUGGCAACUUUGAUUUUUGUUCGUGAUUAUCUGACACAAGGAAGAAGAAAAAUAUUGCUGUAAUGAGUGAAUACCAAGAUAGGUUGAAGAUUAUUGUUGAAUAAUGGAUUUUCGAACACUUCCUCAUAAUAACUAUGUUAAGAGCUGUAAACAGAGUUGCUAAGAUAGCACAUACAUAUCCCAUCACAUUGUACGAUUCAGCUCUAUAUGUCUAAAAAAGAAAUACUUUAUAUCAAAUUAUUUAUUUAUAGAAAUAUAAAAAAUGUUGUUCUUUUACCUGAAAUAGAAAUGGUGGUUUAGAUACAAAAACAACACCUGUAAAGAGUGCACACAUAACUAUCACACGUAAUAUUCCACAAGGUUCUUUUAACAAAAUGAAAGAUAGUGCAAUAACAAUCACUGGAGAACUAAAUAUGAUUGUUGUAGCAUCUCCUAUAGGUAAUUUUCGAAAACUAUAAUAUAAUAAUGAUAAAGUUGCACCACCUACUAUUCCCUAAGAAAAGAUGAUAUACUUUAUUAGAUUAUUUUUAUUUAUUAUUAUAUAGAAUAUUAUAUAACUAUUAUUAAUUUUAUAGUUAACAUACUUGCAAAUGUAAGAGCAUUCUUUGCCCUUUGGGUCCAAAAAGAUUUUUGGAAACUUUAAGUGCUACAGUAGCCAUAACUAACAUUUGUAGAACAGAUCUGAUAGCCAAUAAUAUCAUAGGAUGUACGUUUUCUACUGCUUUGACUAAUGCAGAACUAAUUGUAAAAAAUGUACCUGAUAAAAAUGCCAAAAAUACUCCAUACCAUUUGGUACCCUCUUGAUACGUUUCAGCAUUAUUGGCGAAUUGUUCAGUGUAAUGAUAUUCUGGAUGUAUACUGUUAUAAGAAGCAGUAGAUUCAAUGCUGAACUUCAUUCUUUGGCUAAUUCACAGCUACAAUACACGAUUAUACUGAACGAGACAUUUGCGGUAUACUACCGUUUACCGCUAAUACAGCUGCUGUUUGAUAAAAUUAACAUACAGCUUUGCACGUCAAACAGCUUAUUACAGAUUAAUGCUGGUAGGAAGAUUUGGAAAAUGUAACGAUCGAAUUGAAAUUCGUCUGUAUGUAAAACAGUAAAAAAUAUUAAUUAUAAGAUCAAAUUUGUUAUAAAAAUA